UCCGACUUCACACGAAAAAAAAAAGGGAUUGUCAACGUUAGUCCAAGGAUUAAAGCGCCUGUUAUUUGUUCUCUAGCUCUCUGUGAGGACGGUUAACUAACGCCCAAGGUUUUUUAUUCGACGUCUACGACGUCCAGGAAUCGUUGACACUACAAAACAAAUAAAUAAUGGCAUCUCGGUCGCCGUCGUCCUCCCCAGGUUCAGCGACGGGCUCGGGUACUGAUCCAGCUCGGCCUGACACGGGAGAGCCUCUCGGCGGAGCAGGUUCAGAUUCCGACUCGGAUUUGGGUCUUGCGAAGUUUGACUAUAGUGCAGUUGACGUUGGGUACCGACUGGAAGGGGAGGAACUUGAACAGGAGUUUGAGGUAGCGGCGGACCGUCUCCGGGGUCUGGUUCAGACGGCCAGCAGGGACCAGUUGUUGUACCUGUAUGCUCGUUAUAAACAGGUCAAAGUUGGAAAGUGCAAUACAUCAAAGCCUGGCUUUUUUGACUUUGAAGGACAGAGAAAAUGGCAAGCCUGGAAACAGCUUGGGGACAUGGAGGCAGAGCAGGCCAUGCAGGAGUAUAUCUCAUGUGUCAAUGCACUAGACCCUGAAGGCAGCUACAAGGGAGCAGAGAAGAGGUCAGGCUUUGGAGGACCAGCAGUCAGCUCUUUAUACCAGGAAGAGAUGAUCAGGGAAGAAGAUAAGAACAUCUUUGACUACUGCAGAGAAAACAACAUUGACCACGUCAGCAUGGCCAUCAGCUCCCAGAAAGCGGAUGUCAAUGUCAAAGAUGAAGAGGGCCGAGCUCUCCUGCACUGGGCCUGUGACAGAGGACACAAAGAGCUGGUGUCUGUACUACUACAGAAUAAAGCGGAUAUCAACAGUCAGGAUGAUGAGGGACAGACAGCGCUGCAUUAUGCAUCGGCGUGUGAAUUUGCAGACAUCGUGGAGCUCUUAUUGAAAGCCGGUGCUGACCCAUCCAUCAAAGAUCUGGAGGGUUCUCUCCCCGAGGAGGUUACCGAAUCCAGCGCCAUCUCCUCUCUCCUGCGCCAGUACACUGCUCCUAAAGGCUAGGUCUCAGGGCACUCGCCCAGCUCCAAUCUCACUCCAGAUCCCAUCAGACCCUCCACCUUCCUCCUUAUCCCUUAAGAGACUCUCCUCAGCCCCAGCAGCAAGUAGGCAAUGAGUGCAAAAGUGUUUGAUUUUAUCUUAUUUCCAAUGCUUGAGGUGCGUUUGAUUUACCUGGCUCUGCUGAUUUGAAAACUGCAGAGCAAAAGAGGUGGAUGCUGUGCCACCCAGAAUUACCAGGCACAUCAAAAUCGAGCUCACCCCAAGUAUUUUGUUGCAUAUAAAUACAUUGACCUCUGUUCUCGUCUGAUAACUAGCCAGCAUUUUCAGUCUAAGUCAGACCCCCUCUGACAGUUUCAGUUACUGCAGUUUGUUCAUGUUCAGUUGUGUUACAUUCCAAUGAAUGACCUGGUUGUUUGUCAUAUACCGCUAAUAAAGUCUUAAACAGAGUUGUUAACAUUGAUUCCCCCCCCCCUUUUGGUUUGCUGAGCAGGUAUUUGAUGUCAGUUUGAUGAGUUUGAAGUGUGAUAAGAAAUAUUUGCUUUAGUUGAGAAAAAAAAAGUCCUUGCCAUUUCACUGGCCUGUCUCCCAGCCACUCACCCAGUUUCUUAGUCUGGGUUACAAAGGUUCAAUGAUUUAUGGGAGUAAUUUAGAAAUAUAUAUGCCCCAAAGUACUCAGCAGAAACACUUUUAUGUCAGACUUCAUUGUUGUGACUUCCCGAAGCCUUUAGACCUCUCUCUGCAAAGUAGGCUAAAUUACUGUUAGCUUCUAGGUUGGUAAUAAGGCCAGGCUAAAAAAAAAACAACACAAAUCGGCACUCAUAAUAUGAGUAAAACCAGUAUUGGAAAGUAAAAAAGGUAAUCAGAAAUAUUCUUUUAUUGUAGAAAUGGACAGCAUGAACUGCCUGCACCUGAUGAAAUGACUUUACCUGUAUACAUACAGUUUCUGUGGUUCCCUUUGAAAUGGUACGUUGUAGGCCAAUAUUCUGAGAGUGUUAAUUGACCAUAAAAUAGCUAAAUGUGCUAAAUUAACUUAAUCCAUGGCAUAAAGAAACCAGCCUACUAAAUGCUGGAAAAUAUUGGUUGUGACUGAUGCUGUUGCUGUGUGAAUAUUAUACCAACCACUUUGGCAAGUAGUUGCCUUGAUGUCCUGUUCUGUUUUAAAAGUCAAGUUUGGCUCAUUAAACUGACAACGGACU